AUCUUUCAGCAUCCUCUACCGAUAUCGCUAAGUGUCAUGCCCCAAUGGCAGUAGACAACAAGACGAAACGCAAGGAGCUUCUUGCUCAGUUGAGAGAGCUGCCUCCCCAGAACAGAGCAGAAGAUGUCAGCGCCCUCCUGGAAGCUAGGCGCCGUGGAGACAAGAGACGACCGAGUCGGAUCUGCGGCGACCUGCUCCCGUAUCGUUACACGAUAGACCAAGAAGUCGACUUGCGCGACGGCGUCGUCUCAAUCUCAGUGUUUGCCAAUCUGGCGCAUUAUCUUUCGAAGCAAGACGUGUUGGCCCUGGCUCGAGACUCUUCUCUCUUCGAGAAGGCCAAGGAGUUGUUAAAAGACAAGGAUCUUCCGUCAUCGUGGUCAGAUUGUCUCCGGGAAUGGAGCACAACGAGCCCAGAACUGGGGCUGGAGUUCUAUUGUGAUACGAGGUAUGAAGGCGAAUCCUCGAAAGCGAGGAAGCGAAACUCCGGUCCCUGAACCAAAGAGGCAAUGUGUGGCCCUGCCAGACACCCGCGAUGAUGAUGCCCAGGGUCAUCCACCAUCCGCCAACGUUGGGCACGUCCGCGAACAGCCAGAAUCCGGGCCCAGUGUUUUUGGAGCCAUCUCGACAAACGCUGCGACAUCGCCAUCUGCGUCUGAGCUAGGAACGGAGCAGGCACCAGGCACUCAGCCGGUGGACAGCACCGCCCCAAAGGAUACGAGUCACCCCCAACCGACUAACACAGGCGACCGUAAAAACCUCGACAACCAGCCAACCCGGACCCAGGACACUCAGAAGAAAAUCAUGUUCAUGACUCUAUCCCGAUGUCGUGUGGCUGUCUAUCCGGUUCAAGUGUUUCCCGACUUGAUUCAACAGACGAGCCAAGACAUGCAGUUUCGACGCCGAGAACCUGGAGGGUGUAUCUAUCGCUCAGAUCUCAUCAGAAGUCGCGCAGGCCAAUUUCAUAUCCUGGUCUCUCAUGAAAUUCUGGGCAAGCUAGGACGAAGUCGUAAGGACCAGGAUUGCGUCGUAGUUCCCACGUCGCUGGCGAUACGUCUGUUCGUGGUUGGAGAUUGCCAUCUUGCUACGUCUAUAUUUUGGCCUACUAGAGGAAGCGUCACUCAUAUUAGAAAAGGCUGCGAUGUCGUGUGGGAAUCGUCUCCAGAUUGGGUACUUUUCUUGAAGCACCUAUCAACUAUACGGCCAAACGUGCCUGAGUUGUGUUCCUUGCAGACAAUGCUCUUUUCGUAUCCCGUCAGUGAGAGAAGACCAGGCGUUAGACAUGAGGCUCCUCAUGCAACUUCUUUUUCCUGAUAUACUCCACACAAGCAUUAUCCACAUAUAGACCGCGUUUUGGGACCGGAUACAGCCAGACUCCAUCGACCUCCGCGUAUUGUCCUGUUAUAACACCGUAUGAAUCGUCAUCCGCAAAUAGCACAAUGCCUUCGUCUUGAAUUUCUCGUCCCUUCACAUCGGUCGUGACGUAUAUGAGCACGGCGACAGCAUCGUCGGAAGCAUCGUGGAACUCAAGUUCGCUGGCGUCUGCUUCAUCCUUGAUCUAGCACUCAGGUUAGC